AUGGCCCCUCUGCUCUCGUUCCGAGCUGGCCGAGCGUUCCGCCAGGGCGAGACCAACACGGUCGUACCGGCACCUGGAAGAGGGUCAGUUACCUACCUCACUUACAUACACCCCUCGCAUCACCUGCGGCGGAUUGGCUAAGCCGCGUAAUCGUCCCCCGUUGGGACACUUGAACGCAAUGUGCUGACCUUCCACAUGUCUCCAAUCGCUGUUGUGUAUGCUAGAUUGAUCACGAUCGAAGAGGAGGAUGGCCUGAUGCACUGUAAGCAGUCGUCACACUCCGGCGAGGAGCGUGAAUCAAUCUCUUCGCCCCACGAUCGCCCUGAUCGCACACUCCCCUUGUCAUUACCUACGUCCUGACAACCUCUUCAUCCUUUCCCACAGUCUACUGGAAAGACCUCGACGCCAACGCUAUCGUGGAAGACCUCAUCAUUUUCCCCGGCGACGCGACCUUCGUCAAAGCGAGCGAACGCGUCCACGUACUCAAGUUCUCCUCCUCCUCCGCUCGAAGCUUCUUCUGGCACCAAGACGUCGACGCAUCGCACGAUCAGGAGCGAGCGGACAAGGUCAACGAGUUGAUUGGCGCUCAGAUUGACGAGGAAGAGGAUUCGGCGGGGGCAAUGGAGGUCGAACCGUGAGCCCUUGGUUUGCGCUAGAGGCUUUGAUCCAUCCCUUUUUGUACAUGUAGCUAUCAAACGGUACCUCGCAAUGCAACCCCAUGAUCCACAUCACAUCUCGUUCCAAUCGCGAGGACCACGACCGAAAGGCUUACCUAUCUAUCGCCUUGUCUACUUUCACAGAACUACCACUCGAAACCCUUUCCAAACCCCGGCACCGGCAUCCCGAAUCGCCAUGCCCCCACCUACAACGACUCAACCAGUAGCCCACACUGUACCUGCACCCUCAUCCUCGUCUUCAACGGCAGCUAACCCUCGACUAGGCUCGGAGGCCCAAAUGGCUCAACUGCGCAGCAUCCUUGCUGGGAUCACGGGUGAGACCGCAUCCGGGUCUUCGUCGGGCUUUGGAGGGAUGAACGAGGUCCCAGGUAAUUUUCCUCGGCGCAGCUCCCCCCUCCCAAACACCGUCUUACUAUCUCACUCGUCCAUCCAUCUACAGAAUAUCAACUGCAAGACGUCCUCACACCCACCGUAAUCUCUUCCCUCCUCUCCAACCCCUCUCCAGCCCUCCUCUCAAAACUAUCCCCUCUCCUACCCCCGAUACUCCCUUCCAACUCCUCCGAAUCCCUCCGACGUGCGACAACAGGGACCCCCGAAUUCCGUCGCUCGGUAGCGGCUUUGGAUCGAGCGCUGAGGACGGGGGCCUUGGGGCCUUUGGUCAGGGGUCUAGGGAUGGGGGAGGAGGCGGCUAUGGGGGUGGAGAGCUUUUUGCAAGAAGUGCAGAGGCAGGGGGAGGAGGAGAAAGGGAAGGAGGAGGAGGGGGAGGAUAAGGAGAUGAAGGAAUGA